AUGUCGGCCUUCGCAGACGAGCUCGACGCGCAGCUCGACGAGAUCCGGUUCGGGGUGCAGGCGGUGACGCCGGCGUCCCGCGAUGGCGCAGGGGCCACGGCAACCGUCACGCUGCUGGAGGGCACCACCAUCGACGUCUCCCUCAGCCACCGUGGCGUGCGUUCGGGCGACAGCGCACACGACUCGGUCAACAGCCUGCUCCUCAACCUCAGCCCGUGCUUCGCCGCCGCCUUCAACCGGUCGCUCGCCGACGCGCUCAGGGCAGUGGCGGAGGAGAGCGGCGCAGAAAUGGUGGCUGACGUCGAGGAGGAGGAGGGGGCGACGGAGGAGCCCUUCCCGCUGCUGCCGAUCACGAGCCAGCAGACGCUCGCCAACAUCCGUAGCCUCGCCGCCGACGCACGGACUGUCUUCAUCGCGUCGUACCCCAAAUCGGACGCAAUGCUCCUCACGAGCGCUAGCGAACACGCACACGUUUCCCGUGAGAAGCGGGAGGGCACUACCUGGCUCCAGAACGUGGUGUACCAGCUGGUGACCGGCGGGGCGGAGCUCGACCACAUCUCGACCUUCUCGCCCUUCCUCGAGGCGGACCGCACGUGGGCUGACGGCGGCCGCGUCUCGGAUCCGGCCGCUUCCCACCACCAGCGGCUCGGCUGGCGAGCCUUCAACACGCACGUGCUGCACGCGAUGCUGCCGGCCUCGCCCGCCGCGCGCCUUGUCUAUGUGGUGCGCGAGCCUUCGGACGCCUGCUGCUCGAUGUGGCACCACUUCUCGCACAUGGCGCCCGAGGACGGCGGCUUCACCGGGAGCCUGGAGCAGUUUGUGACCCAGUGGGUGGCUGGCGAGAUCGCAUUCGGGACGUGGCGGCGACACGUGGGAUCCUGGCUCGCCGCCGCCGCCGCAGACCCGCGCGUGCUCCUCCUUCGCUACGAGGACAUGAUCGCGGACCUCGCCGGCUGCGUGGCGCGUCUCUCGGCGCACCUUGGCCUCGGCUACUCUGACGCGGAGCUCGGCAAGCUGCUGCCCCGCAUGACCUUUGCGUGGAUGAAGGAGCACGAGGCCGCCUUUGCGCCGACCAGCGUCGCGUGGGUCGACAAGGCCGACGGCUUCUCCUUUGUGCGGCGCGGCAAGGUGGGCGGAGGGAAGGAGGACCUCACGGCCGCGCAGCGCGAGGCGAUCGAGCGGGCGUGCUGGUGCGCGGACGACUGCUACAGCGCCGUCAUCGGCAAGGAGCACACGCUCGCCGGGCUGUCUCCCUGAUUGGAGAACCGGGUGUCGUUUUAUGGAGUCAAGCAAUUUCGUUUCAUUCGCGCCUGCGCGAUUUU